GGUGAUGCACUUGGUGAGGUAUGAUUAUGUCUUGAAAUUGCAAUGUGGAGUUCUGCUGUGAGUUUUGAGUUUGCUUAAAGAUCCUUUUUUUCAAUUUGACAAGAAUUGAAGGGCUAUGUUUUCAAAAUCAUGGGAGGCUGUGACAAGCAACGUUUCCUAAUGAAACAUGGAGUGUUAACUCCUGGACGUGUCAGGCUCUUGCUCCAUAGAGAACACCUUGCUUUCGAGGAUAUGGUAGGCGUAAUGGAGAAAGGAAGAAGAAGUGUUGAAUAAAUAGGGUAGACAAUCUGCAAAAGGCUUCAAGGCGAGCUGCAAAUGUCACUUUUCUUUAAGCUAAUUUCGCCCCCACUAGAGGUAGUAUGCAAAAAGGGUAAACCAAAAUGCCCGUAAGAUACAAUGAAGCACCUUGUUGAUC